AUGCUUUUUGUCUGCCGGUGGUUGCCCACAAACAGCGGAGUGUGUGGUCAGCAGCGCCGCGCACCGGGCUUUGAGCAGAUGGCAGAGACAACUACACCGCCGCAGCAGGAGUCGGCAGCCUCACUGUUUGAUGGCACCCCUGCCGCUGAAUUGCUGCCUUCGACUCUGUUCAUGGACCGAGGGGCUGACAAUCUGCAUUGGUUGAGAAGCGACAAUGUAAAGACCACGCACGCUAGCCCAGCUGCCACGAGCCAGGCCCGGCCCCCAGCUGGUGGCGCAACCAGGAAAGCGAGGAGAGCGAGGGAGGAACUGGCCAGCUACCUCUUUGGGGACAAAGUUCCACACAGCUACCUCUGCGGAGAAUGCAGCAACCCCGCGACCUUUGCGGUGCGCGGGAGCAAGGAAGGGAGCAACCUCAAGUACUUCUGCGGUGUGCAUCGCGAGGUCACGGGCUGCUUCAAGAUCGAGAAGACCCGGACAGAGUGGGCACGUGACUGUGGAGUGUACAAGUUGAAGGCAGAGCUGGCGCGAGCGCUUGACGAGGAGUCGCGGCUGAGGUGCAAUCGGGCAAAGCUCUUGAUCAUGGGUGGAAUCGAGAGCAACCCAGGAUGGUCAUCGUCAAAUGAAGCCAGCCCGGAAGGAGAGCGUCCUUCAGCAUCAGAGGAGACGCACCAGCAUCUGACGGCGGCGUGGCCGGAGCUCCGCAUCCUCGUGAUGGAAGCAGGAGAGUUGGAAGAGGACCUUGAUGAUUCGUCCGAGCGGGCCGCGGGCAGCCGGCGCAUCAGGCGCAGGGCAAUGGAGGAGCGAGUGGUCGUCGACUUCUUUGCAGAGCGCAGCCAGCAGAGAGAGGCUUGGGCGGCCAGAGAAGAGGAGAUGUUCGGCCCACCCUCCUCACUAGAGCAACACGAUUCUGCUACAGAUGUUCCAGAAUUGGAGGCCUUGGCAACCGACGAUGCCGAGGCCGAAGAGCAGGAGCCGCUGGGGAGGCAUAGUCCAGCACCCACUGCGCCCGACCUGUUUCUGGUGCUCGUCCAAAGCUCACCCAUUUGCAACCUGUUGGCCGUCAGCAAAAAGGCAAAAGCGAAUCCUGUCCCCAUGGACGAGGCGGCUCGGGAGGCCGGUCGAGCGGCUGCGGCAGCUCAUCUCCAAGCUGUGGGGGCACUGAGGCCCUCGAGAACGCAGCGCGAGGGGCAAGCCGUUCAUCAAACGGAGCUGGGUGAUUUCGGAGGCCCGCCUCAUGCACCCGCCGUCGGGCUGGUGACCGACGCUCCCAUCCAAAACGUUGGGGCCCUGGUCGACCGCCUGAACGCCAAGCGGGACGCCGAAGAGGCGGCCGCGCGCGAGGCGCGGCUGAAACGCUACCGGCGCGCGCGACCCCUGGGUGCUCCACGUGGGGCGGGGAAUUCCCUGGCCCGCACCAUCCAGGACCCGAGCCCUUCCUCUCCUUUGCCCCCUGUCAUCCUCUCUUCUCGGGAGGAGGAAGAAGCCGCCCCAAGCACAGCGCAGACCCCCCCAGCAGCCUUCUCUUCACCGGCCGUGGAAGAUGAACGGGCCCCGCCGUCGCCGCCGGCCGACGAUCCGGGUUCGGUUUUCUCCCUCUCGCAGCCCCAUGAGCCCCCCUCCCCCGCCCGGCACCCACCCUCUCCCCCCCUCGCUGACCAGCCCGAGGAGCCCCCGAUCAUAGCCCCGCCUCUCCUCGAAAACGCACAGCCCGAGGUGGUUCCCAGUCAGCCCCCAGCAGCCGCCCCUUCCCCUUUCCCAACCCACCAGGAGCAGCCGCCCGUCGACCAGGCGCUUGCAGCCGACCCGCCAAACCAGCCCCGGGCAGCGGAAACAAGCCGGCCCGCUACAGCGGAGUCGUCCGCAGAGCUGUCGCCCGCACUUCCGCCCACGGAGCCGCCCGCGCAACUGCUUGGGAAUCCCCCUCAGGCUGCGUCGGUCGAAGAUAGUGGGCCCGGCUGGUGCAAGAAGCUAGUGGAGGCGCUCCGGCAACGGCAGGCAAACGGGCGUGCAAUCGUGGUGGCGGAGGAUGUGCACCAGGAGGGGGCAAAGCGCUAUGGCAGCUUCAAGGAUGUUGCGGCCUUGGUGGCGCACCGGAGGUCGCUCGGUGCGUUCGCGCACCUGUACGAGCUCAUCCAGGACGAUGCCUGCUGGCGCAUCUACUUCGACCUGGACUUUUCGCUCCCAACCGAGGACCCGAGCGACUUCGAACGGCGCCUGGAGGCUUUCCACCUGGUCAGAGACCGGGUCCUAACCUCGGUGCUGACUGUCCCCGAGGGUGCGCUCCGUUUCCAAGCUUGCGAGGCGCACGGUCCAGCGCGGCCCCCGAAGCAAGAGUUUAAGUACAGCGUGCACGAGGUGCUGGAGGGGUUCUACCUAAGGGGGCUGGAAGCCAGGAGGGCAUUCGGGAAAGCCUUUCGGUGCUUCUUGGAGAAUCCCCCGGACGACCUAAAGCCGAGCAUCGAGCUCCUCCGGAAGGACGGCGGAUCCGCCUACAUCUGGGACGGGUCCGUCUACGGGCAACAUCGCUGCUUCCGAAUGUUGAGGUCCUCCAAGUUCGGGGACCGUUUCCGCUCCCUCCUUCCCUCCGAAGGCAGCUCCGAGGCGAUCGCUGACCACCUGGUCUGCCUCUACUCGGAAGCGGAGCUGGCUGGGUCCACCCGGAUCAGCGCCGACCUUCUCGGAGAGUGGGCGUCCGCGCGGCGCGAGCCGCCUGCCCCGGACCGCGUGGGGGCCUUCCGGCAGAGGGCGCUCGCCCUCGACGAGGCGAGCACCUCGGAGGGGCCCGGCGAGGACCUGAGCGCGCAAGAGCGGGCCGUCCUCCUCGCCCGCUACCAGGAGGACCACGCGGGGGCCGAGAUCGACCGGGUGGUGCAGGAGCGGCCGGGGCUGUUCUUUGUCCACUUUCGCGCGCCCCAGCCCACGUGUUGCAUCGCGGGCAGGCGCCACACGUCCCCAGGCAACCAGAACCCGUACCUGAUCUACAAGCGAGACGAGCCGCGCAUCGCCCGCUACCAGUGCUUUGCCAACAGCUGCAGGGGCGAGUGCCGCGUGCUGCCCCUGGACAUCCUCACCACGCUGGGAUGGACCGAGGACUACGAGGAGAACCUGGGAAUGCGCCCCUACCCCGCGUUCAAGCUCGCUCACGUGCGCAAGCGAACCAUCCUGAUUUCGGCCAAGAAGGGGGUCGGAAAGUCGAAGGCUUUCAUGGAGUGGCUGGUGGCCAUGGUUAAGCUGAACCCCGGCCUCUCCUUCGUCCUGAUCGGGGCCAACAUCUCGCUGUCCCGCAAGUACCAUCAAGAUCUGGUGGACGCGGGCGUGGAAGGCGUGGUGCUGUACCUGGAGGCGCCCCCAGGGCCAAUCACUGCCUCUCGUGCCGUGGUCUGCAUCAACUCCAUUCACCGCGUGCGCGCCAAAAUGGACGUCGUGGCAAUGGACGAGAUGGACAUGGUGCUCACCAACCUCAACUCUGAGGUCAUGAGCCAACGGGGCCGGGUGCUGUCCUGCUUGGAGGCGGCUGUGGCGGGGGCGAAAGUCGUCAUCGGCAUGGACGCCAACAUCGACUGCGCGCGGGUGAUGGAGUACCUGUUCAUGGCGCGGCCGGAUGGGGUCCUCCACACCAUUCGGAACAGGGGCCUGUACCCGGCCAAGCGGCAAGCGACCAUCCGGAUCUUUCCGCCAGGGAGCGGGCUGCUCGACUGCAUCGGCGCCGCAGUACGGGAUGUGCUGGACAGGGUCGCUCGAGGCACGAAAGUCGUCUGCCCGUCGACCUCCAAGCGCUUCGUGAAACACCUCGAACACGAUUUCAACGUCGAGAACCCACCUUCCGAGUCCGAUCGACGCGGCGUCUUCCUGCACGCCGACAAGAGGUCGAAAGCCGACGAGGAGUUCUUCCAGAAGGCGAUGGCCGACCCGGACACCUACUUGGAAGCGGACUGUGUGGCUUUCUCUCCAAAGCUCGGCCCGGGUGUCUCGAAAGAGAAGCCGUAUGCUGAGGAGACGGUCGCCUUCGCCCUCAACAACCUCAACGGCCCUGCCGUUGAGACGCUGCUCCAGCAGCAUGCUCGCUUCAGGACGGUCACUAACUCCACCAUCUACUACAAGCAGGCGGUGAGCACUGCAGUGGACCUGCCGCGCUCUACUGAGGCGGUCUUUCAAGCCAUCGAACGGGACGACAAGCAGAUUGUCAAGAUGCUCGGCGACGCAGCCGGCUUCCAGUUCCUGAGGGGUUCGCAGGGUAUCUGCGACCGCUCCUCCGCGAGCUGCGUCUUGUACGCAAACAACAUCCUCGCCAAGGUCGAAAGCUAUCUGGAGUACGUGCCAAAGCUGAAGGCCGACCUCGAAAAGCAGGGCUACGAGGUGACGGUCGAGCACGUCGAGCCAACGGACGGCGUCGGGAGCCCGCCCCCGGAGGUGCCCCUCGGCUUCGACGCGGAGCCAGAGCUCCUGACGGCCGAAGAGUGGCGAGCGAAGUACAUCAUCAGCUCGGAGCAGUACGAGAUCCUGUGCGAAAGGCCUGAGGACCUGAGCCCAAAGGAGCAGCUCCAAGAGUUUCUGUUCGAGAUGGUCACGAAGGAGUACAAGGUCGACCCCAACCGGGUUGAUCACGACUUCUACACCCGCUUUUGCGCUGACGAGGACGAGGCGAAGGCGACAAGAGAGGCCCACGCAAACUAUCUCAGGUUUCGUGAGCACCGCUUCGAUGCCCUCGUCGCGGACCUGGACAGAGCACUUGGGCAUGCCAACGAGGAGGGCGUGGUUCAGGAGUACGUUCAGGAAAUGCGCGACCCUGCCAACCGUGUGCCGUUUGCGGUGCGCGUGCUUGCCUUCCUCCUUGAAUGCAGGGAGGAGCAGCUGAAUCAUGAGGCGGAGCGGUGGGAGGUCUCGGAGGAGCGCGUGCAGGCUGCCUAUGCGGAGCACAUCGGGCCCAGCAAGACCCGGUUGAAAACCAUCUUCAACCUGUACGGUUUUGUGCAGCAGACCUCCAGACCCUCGCAGGCUGCAGAUGGAAAGGUGAGGGAGAAGAAAGCUCAGAAACGGAAUGCAGUAGGGAACGUGCUCAGAGCGGGCCUCGGGAUCGAGCUCCAUAUGGGCUCGAGGAGCGGCGGCAAAUUCAAGCAUCCCCACGUGUUGACGCCCGCCAUCUGGUUGAGUCUGCAUGAGCGGUACGGUUGGUUCAAUCCGGAGACGGUUGCUAGGGAGGAGUGCAUGAUCGAUCCAAGAAGGUAG